AUGGAAGUUACUUUGCCAUACAUAUCUCUCUCUGUUUUCUUACUUCUUGUUGCUCUCAAGUUCUUAUCGAAAGCAAGAACACAGAAGAAUCUCCCUCCAAGCCCACCGGCUCUUCCGGUGAUCGGUCACCUCCACCUCGUCAAACAACCUCUCCACCGCACUCUCCACCAACUCUCCCAAAACCUCGGGUCCGUCUUCUCCCUCCGGUUUGGUUCACACCUCGUGGUGGUUGUAUCCUCACCAUCCGCUGUGGAGGAAUGCUUCACCAAGAACGACGUCGUCUUAGCCAACCGCCCUCGCGUCGCCUUCGGCAAGUACUUGGGCUACAACUACACCACCAUCGUUGCGGCCUCCUUCGGUGACCUCUGGCGCAACCUCCGCCGCAUCAUGGCGGUGGAAAUCUUCUCCACCAGCGGCCUCAAUGCCUUCUUAUCCAUCAGGCAAGACGAAAUCAAGCUUUUACUCCUCAGAUUGUCCCAAAACUCGUCUCGUGAUUUCAAAAAAGUCGAAUUGAAAUCCAAGUUUUACGAGCUGACCUUCAACAUCGUCAUGAGAAUGAUCGCCGGAAAGCAGUAUUACGAUGAUGACUUGUCGAACUACGAGGAGGCCAAGGAGUUCCGGGAGCUCGUGAUCGAGGCGUUCGAGUAUGGCGGUGCGUCGAACCCCGGUGAUUUCUUACCGGUUUUACGUGGAUUGAUUAUCAGGGCUCAGAGAAAAAUUUGGGGAGAAUUCAUAAGAAAAUGGACGCUUUCCUGCAAGAUUUGA